AUGCAACAGCCUCAUCCUCGUUUUUCUGUUCUAUCUGGUUCUUCGCUCUCUUCUGCAGAACAUCUUUCUCCAACUGCAAGCUCAACACGUUUCUCUUUACCUUCUGCGACAUCCAUAAACACCGCUCUUGGCACACCAAAACCAAGCCUUAGACCUAAUAUUUACGACAGGAACCUUAAUAAAACACGGACAUCAGAAGUCUCUACUUCUGCUUUCGCCUUCCUUUUCUCUGAGGUUGUUCAAUAUACUCAGAAACGCGUAAGUGGGAUCAAUGAUCUCGAACGGCGAUUAAACACCCUCGGUUAUCGCGCCGGAACUCGAGUCCUUGAGCUCAUGGUCUGGCGGGCAGAGUCGUCAUCCAAAGCCCCCAAACGAGAAAUUCGUUUUCUACCUGCUCUCAUGUCCAUUCACACACAGGUGUGGAGAGCAGUCUUUGGACGCCCCGCAGAUGCAAUAGAGAAGAGCGUUGAGAAUGAAGAUGAAUACAUGAUCAUCGACAAUGAUCCUCCGAUCGAACGUCAUAUAUCUGUACCUAAAGAUAUGAACCAGCUUAGCUGUUCUUCAUUCACUGCUGGGGUCGUAGAAGCCGUCUUGGACGGACUAGGAUUGGCAAGUAUUUCAUUCUCGGAUAACCUCUGUACUGAUAUGUGCGCACAGCCUGCACGAGUGACAGCUCAUCAUACCCCUACACAGCAGUUUCCGUUGCGUACGACUAUACUCAUUAAACUUGACAAGUCUGUACUGGAAAGGGAAGAAAUCCUCAAGUGA